AUGUACACCCUCCUUUUUUCUGAGAAUAUUCUGGUUCGUCAACAGGCUGUCUGGGUGACCGCACUGGCCCCUUACGUUGUCCUCUUCAUCCUCUUGAUCCGCGGGGUGACACUGCCCGGGGCGGAGAUCGGCAUCCAGUACUACCUCACUCCACAAUGGCACAAGCUCCUCAACACAAAGGUGUGGAUUGAUGCCGCUUCCCAGAUCUUCUUCUCGUUGGGCCCCGGAUUCGGUACCCUUCUCGCCCUAUCUUCCUACAACAAGUUCCACAACAACUGCUAUCGCGACGCCAUCCUCACCAGCUCCAUCAACUGCCUCACCAGCUUCCUGGCAGGCUUCGUCAUCUUCUCCGUCCUCGGCUACAUGGCCCAUGUCCAGGGGAAGAGUGUCGAUCAAGUCGGGCUAGAAGGUCCAGGUUUAGUUUUUAUCGUUUACCCGGAAGCCAUAGCCACAAUGACAGGAUCUGUCUUCUGGUCCAUCAUUUUCUUUCUUAUGCUCAUCACCUUAGCUAAGGAAGCAUUCGGAAAUGGGCCUGGAGACUGGAAGACUGAUACGACAAAGUUGGAAAUUUUGAUUUGCCACAACUUUAAGAAAUAUUCUUCCAGUCGGAAAGACAAAGACGCUGAAAAAGGAAGUCUACAGAGACUUUUCGAGAUAACGAAUGAGAUCCUUCCAACAGCAUUGUUAGCGAUUUAUUGUCGAUCUUGUGCUUCAAAUGUUUCCAUAUCCUGA